UUAUGCGUAUUUUUGUGUGCGGUUUCCCGAAGGGGGUGAGUGCAGUACUUGGCACGGCCGGAUGACGUCACGACCAGCCAGACCUCCACAGCCAGCCGUCAUGGCGGACCUGUGCAAGCUCGUGUGGAGACUCGGCGUCUUUCUCGCCGUCUGGUGCAGCCUGAUCGGCCUGCUGUCCGCCGUCGGAGCCGCAGCUGAAGAGACGAUGACCACCACAGAAGGACGGAGUAUAAAGUGUUACUGCUCCAAACACUGUCCAGAGAACCAGGAGAACGGCACCUGUAUCACCAAGCCAAAUGGACGCUGCUUCAUGCAGGUGGAGUCUGAUUUGGCCGGUGGACAGAUCGUUUCACACGGCUGUAUCGGACCAGAGGGUAUACUGUUACAGUGUAAGGCCCAGGUCCACAGCAUACCGCGGGCCAUCCAGUGCUGCAUGGACACAGACAUGUGCAACCUGCAGCUCAACGCAACCCUCCCGCCCUCUGCCAAUGACACGCCAGGUCUUCCACCGAAUGCGUACUACGACCCCAGCAUACACCACAUCACGCUGGUGAUCAGUGUGACUGUGUGUACCACAGUACUGAUGCUCACCAUAGCGUUUGUCUACUUCAGAUAUAAGAAGCGGGAACUUGGCACGCGGUACGACAUGGAAGUCGGUGACCACGACGAGACCUUCAUCCCACCAGGCGACACGCUGAAGGAUCUGAUCGAGCAGUCGCAGAGCUCAGGCAGCGGCUCCGGACUCCCCCUCCUGGUCCAGCGUACCAUAGCCAAACAGAUCCAGAUGCUGCACAGUAUUGGGAAAGGGCGUUACGGGGAGGUGUGGAAGGGCAAGUGGAGAGGGGAGUACGUGGCCAUCAAAGUCUUCUUCACCACAGAGGAGGCCUCCUGGUUCCGCGAGACAGAGAUCUACCAGACUGUUCUCAUGAGGCACGAGAACAUUCUAGGUUUUAUUGCAGCAGAUAUCAAGGGUACAGGCUCGUGGACUCAGCUGUACCUCAUCACCGACUACCACGAGAACGGGUCGCUCUACGACUACCUGCGAGGAAACACGUUAGACCGGGCAGGCCUGCUCCGUCUGGCGUACUCGGCAGCGUGCGGCCUCUCGCACCUACACACGGAAAUCUUCGGCACCCAGGGGAAGCCAGCGAUCGCCCACCGUGACAUCAAGUCCAAAAACAUCCUUGUGAAGAAAAAUGGCGCAUGCUGUAUCGCCGAUAUGGGUCUGGCUGUCAGAUUUAUCAGAUACGGUGACCACUCUAACCCGGACGCUGACCCUUCCCUGCUCUCCGGCCACUCCGGCUGGAGUAUUCGGACCCCAGGCAUGAGUGGGGUGGAGGAAUACUGGAGCGAAACAAAUGAAGUCGAUAUCGCACCAAACACGAGAGUGGGAACCAAGCGCUACAUGGCACCCGAAGUCCUGGAAGAGACCAUGAACAAAAACAGCUUUGACGCGUACAAGAUGGCUGACAUCUACUCCUUCGGCCUGGUGCUGUGGGAGAUAGCCAGGAGGUGCAUUGUGGGAGGGAUAGUAGAAGAGUACCAGUUGCCGUACUACGACUGCGUGCCUCACGACCCGUCGUACGAGGACAUGAGGAGAGUCGUGUGUGUGGAGAGGCAACGACCGUCCAUACCUAACAGGUGGCACACUGACGAGGUGCUACGUCCUAUGGCCAAGUUGAUGAGCGAAUGUUGGGCGCACAACCCCAAUGCACGUCUCACCGCACUCCGCGUCAAGAAAACCAUUGGCAAGAUGAUGGUGGAGGCUCAAAUCAAGGCAUAGUCGCCAUGCCCUUUGACCUUGUAAGGAAAGAGGUCAAGGUUCACGACCUGCAACCUCUGACCUCUCAGGUCAUGUAUAGGCUUUGUACUGAGUAUUUAUUCACAGUUUGUAUAGACAUUUAAAACAGUUGGAGAGAGAGAGAGAACUGUAGUCAGAGCUUGCCCAUUUUAUACAUAGUUAAGAUUCAGUGAUGUUACAGAUACUGUAAAAUCUGAGCCAAACUCUAGAUCUUGAAGGCAGGAUGUGAAUACUGUAUGUAGAAAGAAUUGCCUUUUCUGGAUCAGCUUUUUAUUGUCCUCUUCUCAGCCAUAUGCACCACUGGUAGAAGCUGGCUCGCUAAUUAUUACACUCAAAAAGAUCUCUCCAACCACUCCAUUUUCUAGAAAGGACAGCCCACUGAAAACUCUGAGGAUGAUCAUACCUUGGAUGUAUGAAAAAAAUAAUGUUUUGAAAACCCACUCGAAUGUCACUUCAAAACAAACCCACUGAAAUUAAGUAUUACUUGAAGUUCAUCACCAUUUCCUGGACUGAACGCACUUCAAUACACAGACCCCACCAUAGAUAUUUCAGAACUUCUUGCAGUCAUUUCAAAGAAAUGUUGAACCCACUGAGAAGUCUACAUACACUCAAGUAUGUUUCAUUAGCUUGAGCGUUUGGAGGGUAAAAUCAUCAGCCAUGAUUUUUAAAACCUAAAAUGCACCAAGCAUCAUCCCACUUGUAACACCAACCCACUGAAAUGCCCCCAAUCAAAAUGGAAAACAAGUUUUGGGGAAAAAAAAGAGAGAACUUCUGGAUAGGAAUUCCAACUUGCCUUGACUUGCACAAAUGUAGUCUGCCCUAUCCUAGAAACCCUACCAUGGUAUGGGCUGCAUAAUUGCUGUUAGCCUUCUAUAGAUACAUGUAGAUAGAGGCAAACAUGCGCAUUUGUUUGAGCAUAUUUCCUGCAUUGGUACAAGUUUUUAUUUCUUUUCUGUACUUCCCACCAGGCUACCUUUGUUUUCUUUAUCCUAGCCUCCAUUAUUAUUGAAAUUCUAAAAGAUUUUAAAAGAGAUAUAUUGUCUCAAAAUUGAUGUAGACUAAAGUAGAACAUUUCAAAUCAGAAUGAGGGAAUUGAUUUUAAAAGUUUAAAUUGUAAAUAUCAAUUAGUAUCAAUAAUUUGUAUCUCAUAUUUCUUCAAUUGUAGAUGUUAGUUAACUUGUACAGGCAUUUGUAGUGUUUAUAUAUCAUAAUCAUACAUCCACGCGUGUGCAUUGUGUGUAUAACCCUUCAUAAACCAUGGCAGACUCAUUGCAACGCCCCCACCUUGGCGAGAAUGUUGAUCCGACAGGUGAAUAUUUUGUUAUUUUUGUAGAAGAAAAGAAAGUUUAUUUUCCUAUCAUGAUGACUACACAGUACAUGUGGAUGUAAUCGUGUACAUGUACGUUUGGAUGUAGUGCGUGUGUGAGUGACACCCUGAUGUCAUGUGAACCAGUCAGUAGUAGUACUACUACUAGCACACCCCACCUAUGUAUAGUUGGAUGGAACUGUAUAUAUGCUGUGUUCAAAACAGAUUUGUGACCUUGUGGCUUUGGUAGUGUACAGCCUAGUAAGAAUUCGUGAGAAUACUGGUUUACUUCUAAACACAUAGCUUUGUCCUGUCCAAAAGUUUUCAGAUAAAGCUAGUGUUACAAUCCUUAGAUAGAUAUAAAAGCUGAAUCAUCUUCAAGCUCUCCUCUCAUCUAGUGCAGCUCAUAACUAUAGUAAACAGAAUCUACAAUGUACAGGGAGAUUUUUUGAAACUAAAAGCCACUGGAACGUCCCAGAAACAGCAGUAUUGUUCAACCUACUUGAAAGAAAACUCCGCCCAGAGUUCUCUAUUUUGAUACAAAGAGUUAUAGCCUUGAAUCAUUUCUUAGUCAUACUUUCAAUAUGUGCGCUGAAGGUGGUUUCUAUGCUAACUACAGAGCAGUGUUCUAGCCAGUUUCCAUCUGUCCGUCUUUUGACAGAAUUUUGCCACUCUUGACGGACAAAAAUUGUGCCCAAUUUGUCAUCUUUGACACAAAAAUUGAUGUGUAAAGAUAUGGAAAGAGAUGUCAUUAAACUAAGCUUAUGCUAUUAACAAAGUUUGCCCCUCAAAAUGCAGGAAAUGCAUCAAGCAUUUCAGAGGGUCAAGAUUCAAACAUUUUCCCCCAAAAUUAGAAUGACAGGAAAGAAAUUCAGGCUUGCCAGAACAUUGUUACAGAGCAUCCCAAAAGACUUCUGAUGAUUCAAGGCUAUCAAAAUAGACACCAGAAAAAACACAGGCAAAUCAUAGACAGUAGAGGUACAUGUAUGUACCAUGAAAUUGACACUUAUGAUGUACGUGUACAGCGUCUGUCAGAGUAACAACAGUCUUUAUAGAGUAAAAACAGCACAAGGGACACAGAAGGAAACUUCUCGGUAGCGAUAAACCGUUGCGGGAUGCUGGCAUCCCCACAACUCACUCUCACAAUACUAGCACAGCCCCCCUCCCCCACCACACACACUCACAAAGAUACUAGAAUCUCCUGUUCAGUUAUUCCUGUAAAGCUAACUCCAGUUAUACCAGGACAUUGUAAUUUGUGCAACUUAAUAAUCAUCAAGGGAUGCUCAGUGCAACCCAGUUUGAUGAGCCAUAAUUUUAAGACACAGUAUAACAGAUAACCUUACAUGUGAUCAGCUCAGAAACAAUGAUUUUAAGCAGCUGUACAUAUCAACUUUUGUAAAGAGAUUAAUUUCCUAGUAUACAGAUAGAGAGAAAGGGAGACAGAAAGAUUUGAGCUGUUUAAUUUUACACACUCAUCCUUGUCGUUGAGAAUUCCAACGACUUUUUGUAAAAGGCAACAAAGGGACAAAAUCGACAGGUUUUGCCUGUGUGAUCAUUGACAAAAUUUGAAGAUCAAGACCACAUUUACAAUCAAAAUCAUUUAAAAGAAAGACGAUUUCUGAUGAUCUGUAAAAAAUUACAUCUGCACUCAUGGGUGUGCAUUACUAAACAGUGUUAAAAAUGGGAGAGAGAGAGAGAGAGAUGUUCCACUGGACAAUUCUGUGCCAUCAAUUCAGUCUAGACUUUAAAAUCAUUAUCAAUAUAUCUAUAGACAGUGAUGUUCAUGUAAUCAGUCUUAAUUUUAAAAUUACACUGAUAUUUCUGACGACAAUUGGUCCAAUAACGUCUCAUAAACGACCACUAAAGAUGACUUUGUGCCUGCCUAUGAUAUUGAUGGUGAUAAAUUGUCAUUGAACAUUUUAUGACUAGUUUGGUGGUGUACGGAAUGGCAUAUAGACCACUGUGGUAUUGGAUGUGUAAAUUGUAUGGACAAGCCAGCUACAACAAACAACCAUCUACAGUCAGUGCAUUCACUUGCAAGUGGUGUUUUGUACCUUUUGGUUGUGGAUGGUUAACUGGCGAAAUGGUUUGUAGUAUUUUUAGUGGGAGGGAGAGAGAGAAAAGUUGUUAAAAGGAAUUCUAUUGAAAUCACCACAUUGUAACCAUAAAAAUGAUUGGUAGGGCUUAGGGAAAAAUGUUGUGUUUCCAGUUUUCUAACUGACCCUAGCAAGAACCCGCCACCCCUAUCCUAUUCUUAAUGAACCACUAGUAAGGCUAUACAAUUUUUGAUGUGAUGUCUGAAUUUUAAUCCCUCUGAAACAUCAUUUAAUGAAUUUUCAGAAUCACUUUUUUUUCAGUAAAUCAGCUGAAAUAUUGGUGCACAAGCAAGCAGAUCUAUGGGUCCAUGGGACAGUCUUAAUGCUGUGUUGAUUUAAAAUAAAACUUUAUUUGUUGGAUCAUUAUAGCCAAAAUCUUAAACAAUAAAAUUAAAUUAAAAGAAGAAAAAUCCCUACCUACUGACCCUUUUUUUUCAUGACUGAAACUGGAAACGCAACAUUAGUUUUUCUAGGCCUACAGUUGGUCUGUGAGGAAAAGGUAUUAAGAGAAAGUCUUCCGCCUGAGGUUUAGAUGAAAAGUUAGAAAACUGAUGUAAGGAGUAUUUGUUGGAGAUGGAAGUUUUUAUGAUGUAUUCUCUAUAGCUGAGUCAUGAUGGAGAUGGAAAUUCUCCCAAGUGUAAAUAGAUCAACAAGCCACAAGUUUGUAAACAGCUUUUGUAUAUGUUUGUUACUUGACAUUGUUGGUUAAAUAUGUUUAUCAUAAUUACUAACCAAGUCCAUUAUCAAUUAACAG